AUGACGGUUGCCUGUUUGAGACAGUCUAUCUUUCAUCCUAUGCUUACUGCUUACCAUGUGAAUUCUCUUCUUCCUACCAUCAACUGCUGGGACGCAUGGACAAUCGAAAGCGCCACUGCUGGGAAUGUCGCCGACGUUGUCUCGUCUGCGACUUCACCCGUCCCGGGUACGGAAACUCGGGAUGUCGCUGUGAUUCCCCGUUUCGAGACCAUUACUGAUGUCCCCGUGCUGGCCCAGGCGGCCGAAUACUGCAACCAUCGUAUGAACCGAACGAGAGAUGACCCUUGCUCGAAUCCUCUGGCGGUGACCUUCUUCCGCUACCGGGGCCUUGUCAUUCGCUCGCUCAGGAGCGAUAUUGACCGAGGACAUAAGCGGACGGGCGAUGUCGUUCUGGCGGGGAUCAUCACGCUGCUCCUCGUUGAUGCCCAGCAGGAUGCCUCUCCCCACUGGAAAUGCCAUCUAGAGGGACUCCAGAGACUCAUCACGCUGCGCGGGGGCAUCCGGUCACUGGCCGGGUCACCUAGCCUCGCGCCGCUUCUUCAUUGCUUUGUGUUCCUUGCAGUUAUCGGGGACACUUCGUCCCCUGCAUCAGACGUGGCAAUGACCACCCUGCAGCUCGAAACGGACUUCAUACUGGAGCAGUUUGGCAGGAGACUCUUUGCUUUUCAGAUGUGUCCCACGCCCCUGUUCGCCGAGAUUAUCAAGAUCAACCAUCUGCGUGCGCGAGCUUCAAAACACGACCCUGCAGAGCUGAACGGCCUCACCCACGAGGCCUCCAACAUACUCAAUCGAAUCGAUGCUUUCUCGUCAGAACAAUGGACUAUGUCCAAGCCAUCAUCAAAAGAGGACUGGAUACUUGUUGGGAACGUGUAUCAGGCCGCGGUGGCACUGUAUUGCAUCCUGUCGCUGCAAAGCCUGUCAGUUCUGCCUCGGACACUUCUCCUGAGAGCGAGGCGCACCUCUCAUGGCCAGCAUCUGCAGGCGCUGCUCAAUGAGGCACUGCCAUCCCCGCGGAUCAAACGAUUCAUCUUUUGGCCGCUGGUCGUGCUCGGGGUGCAAUCUGUGAACGGUGGCGCAGGAAUGCGCGCGUUCGUUCGAGAGCAGCUUCCCGAGAUGAGUCGGCACAUUGGCUCAUAUGUCCCACUGACAGCAAAGGACGUCCUGGAGAAAUUCUGGGCUUCAGGUGAGACGCGUUGGGAUGCUUGCUUCGAUCGACCGUACGCGUUAGCGACGCAGAUAGCAGUGGAUCUCAGUGGGUUGACCUAG